AUGGCCUUGCUCUGGCUUCUCUCCUGCUUCACCCUCAUGGGGGCUGUGUUUGGCUCUGGGGCCCCUGCCAGCGAACCGGAGCUGAGCAUUGUACCCAGGAUCAUCAAUGGGACAGAUGCUCGUCCUGGCUCCUGGCCCUGGCAUGUGAUGCUGCAGACUCCUACUGGGUUUAUAUUCUGUGGGGGCUCCCUCAUCAACAAGAACUGGGUGAUCACCGCUGCCCACUGCAAUGUCACGACAUCUGACUGGGUUGUGGCUGGGCUGUUUGACAGAAGCUCCCUUGAAGAUGACAUUGAGAUCCUGGACAUUGCCCAGGUCUUUAUACACCCCAAGUUCAACUUGACCAGUGUAUACAGUGACAUCGCCCUGCUGAAGCUGGCCACACCAGCUCACUUCCACAGGACGGUGUCCUCUGUUCUCCUGCCCAGUGUUGAUGACCAGUUUCUUCCCCGGACCUGGUGCACCAUUAUGGGCUGGGGGGAAACCCACCCCGCUGGAAGUGGUUACCCUAAGAAGCUGCAGCAGGCCACUGUGCCUCUCCUGUCCACGGCCACCUGCAAGAAGUUCUGGCCCGCAAUCAGCACCAAUGCCAUGAUCUGUGCUGGCUUCAAAGGAGUCAGCUUCUACCGUGGCGACUCUGGUGGCUCCCUGGUCUGCCCCAAGAAUGGAAGCUGGACCCUGGUGGGCAUGUUGUCCUUUUUUGGUAGAAACCGCCCCACCAAGACUCCCUUCGUAGCCACCCGUGUCGCUACAUUUAUACCCUGGAUUGAGGACAUCCUGGCUCAAAACUGA